CGUUGGCGAUGAAGGAAGCUUAAUAUCAGUAACUACCGACAUAUAUCGAUAGUAGCAAAUAAAGUGAUACAUAUUGUAUUUCGACCGUGCUAAAAUAUAAAGUAUAAACCAUUACAGUGUUAAACAAACGGCAGAAGCAAAUUUGGAGACUUGAAACAGAUUAUUAAUUACAAGCCUACUUACCUCUUGUGCCGUUCCCGUUGGCUUUGUUCUUGGAUUAGCAUAAACUUCUAUCUUGUAUGAGCAGCUUGGAUGAAUAUACAUCUCUGGUACAUCAAUUGAUAACUUAUUUUCUGGUUUUCAAAUGGCCUCGGCUGCGAUGACCCCGGCUGAAGAUGACGAGUUAACACUUCCUCGUGCAUCCAUUAAUAAGAUGAUCAAGGAAAUACUACCACAUGUACGCGUUGCUAAUGAGUCACGGGAAUUAAUCUUAAAUUGUUGUACAGAGUUCAUCCAUUUGUUGUCUUCUGAAGCUAAUGAAAUAUGUAAUCAACAACAAAAAAAGACAAUAAAUGCAGAGCAUAUUUUGCAAGCACUUGAAAAACUUGGUUUCGGCGAUUACAGUGCAGAAGCAGAAGCUGUUUUAAGAGAUUGUAAAGCAGUAGCAGCUAAGAGAAGACGUCAGAGCACUAGGUUAGAAAAUUUAGGAAUUCCAGAAGAGGAAUUAUUGAGACAACAACAAGAACUCUUUGCAAAAGCAAGAGAAGAACAAGCUGUUGCUGAACAACAACAAUGGCAACAAUUACAAGCAGUUGCACAAAUGACAUCAAUGCAACAAACUGAUAGCGAACAAGAAGAUUAUUCAUAAGAUACAAUACAGAAAUUAUUCAAUUGAUUAUAUGUGAAGUUUUCCCACAAUUUAUUAUAUUAAGAAAUAUAAAAAGGAAAAUAGGAGAUCUUAUUUUUAAUAAAAAUAAUAAAUGUA